UAAACUUUUCUACUUUUAUCUUCAUCCACUAAGUAGUCAAGUACAAUUACUUCAAGCAACAGAUAGUUACAUACAUAACUUCCAUCUUUCAAUGUUCUUUUGCCUUACAUAGGUACCACUACAUAUUCCAUCGACAGUUCUUUCGCAUCCAUACAAGGAACUAACUAGCUCGCCAACUCUUUCGCCAACUCUUUCAUCAUCAUCAAUCAUAAAAACUUUAGGUAAGUACACUAUCAUUUGAUUCACUGAGCAAAAAAGACAUUGUUGCCAGUUGGUGGCUGUCUGAUGCUAUUGCCCCCCUGCUCUUUCGCUAUAUAUAUUCCUCGCCCGCUCCUACCUUCCCAGCUACAUGUCCCACUCAACCCACUCAACCCACUAAACCCACUAAAAGUACAUGCCUGGUAUUUUAAGGAAUUUGCCCAGACUGCCCCUCCACCUUAUUUGUACCUUGUACUUAUUAGUUAAUAUCCAUUGUGCAUUUCACGUACAUUGAUCCAACCAAACAUCUUUCUUCAACAUCCAUCCAUCUCAUCUUGGACUUCAGGUUUUCUAUCUCCCCACCCGCAUCGAAUUACGUGUAACGAAGCCACAAUACCCAUCUACAUCCUUCCAAACAUCUACAACCAUUACUCUACCAUACCAACUUUUACAACACCACCCCGUUCGCGAUUAGCUAUUCGCGACCGUAUUCUCAUCUUAGUCACAGCACGCCACACAAUCCUACACCCGUAAACCGUCAUCAUGGGUGAAACCGACGCUGCCCCCGCGGCCAACUAUGUCCGACUUGAGUCAAACGAUCACAUCAAAAUUGAUGUCGAGAAGGCUGUUGCCGAGAGAUCGCUUCUCAUCAAAAACAUGUUGGAGGAUCUCGGCCCUAACGUUGAGGGCCAGGAUAUCCCCAUCCCCAAUGUUACCGAGCCUGUCCUUCGCAAGGUCAUCGAAUGGUGCGAGCAUCAUCGCAACGACCCCCCUGCCUCUAGCGAGGACGAGUCGGAUAAUCGCAAGAAGACUACCGACAUUGAUGAGUGGGACCAGAAGUUUAUGCAGGUCGACCAGGAAAUGCUUUUCGAGAUCAUUCUUGCCAGCAACUACCUCGACAUCAAAGCGCUUCUGGAUGUCGGGUGCAAGACCGUUGCUAAUAUGAUCAAGGGCAAAUCUCCGGAGGAAAUCCGCAAGACAUUCAACAUCACGAAUGAUUUCACCCCGGAGGAAGAAGAGCAGAUCCGCCGCGAGAACGAGUGGGCUGAGGACAGAUAAAGGUCUCGCCCAUAUAACCAUGCUUUUUUCGGGUUCCCUUUUGGCGCGACAUCCCAGUUCAGCAGCAUCAUAUUUAGCAAACAAGCUGGCAAUUAGGGGUCGCUAAAUAGAAAUACCACCGGAUUCAUAUUGGCGCCUAGUAGCGAGAUCUGAGGAUCUCUCUGGAGGCUGAUCACGGAUUAAUGAGUAUUAGCUAGGAUGGAUAAACCCUUACUUACCUAGGGUAGGUAGAAUAUGGUCCAUGGCCUAGCUAUGCAUUCACAGUCAACAGGACCUUUGCUUUAUGUGAAUAAAUUCAUAGAGAACGUGCACAUUUUCCUUUGGGAACAAAGUAUCAGCAUGCAUUACUGAAUGAAAAACACUUUGUGUAA